UGUGGCUGCGCUCCGCUCCACCCUGCGAAGAAAGUCGGAUGUUCCUUCUCGCUGACCUUGCUCUCUUCUACCUCUACGAUUUGUAUUGGUAUCUCCUCCUAUCCCUAUCACUCAUCCUCAUCUCGCUGACGAUGGAGAGUGAGCUGGUCACGCCGCCUUUCCGGGUGAAUCAAACGGACACCCACGUCAUCAUCGAGGCGCAGUGUCCCCUCACUCCAGCCAAUCUCCAGCCGGAAGCAGUGGUAGAGGACACAAUCUUUGCACUAAGAUGUCCGCCAUACUAUCUCCCACUGCACUUCCCAGCCGCCCUGUCAUCGGUGGAGCAGGUACAUCGCUCUGGCUCCGUCAUCCGUGUCGACCUACACAAAGCAGAUGCCGGUCUGGACUUCAUUGGCCUCGAGGACAUUCAGCCUACCAUGUUCGUAGAUGCUGAUCCUCAGUCUUUUUCUGUAGCAGCCGAAGCUGGACCCUCUAGACAGAAGAGGGAAAAGGACGAAGAGGCAGAGGCCAUACUCAAGGAGGUGCUGCAGAGGGAGAAUAUGACGGCGGUCAAGGAGGACAAGACGGAGAAGCGCACCAGAGGAACCAGCGGAGCUGGCGAACUGUUUGCAGACCUGAGCACGGAGGAGCUUCAGGCCAACAAGGCCGCGGCAGAGUCAGCUGAGGACGAGCGCUUUGACGAGCAGUCGUACCUCGAUUCCUUCGUAGACGAGGAGGGCGAGAUUGAAGAGCUACUCAGAUGGAAGUACGAAACAGGACCUACCUCCUCGUCCUCCUCAGAAGCAACAGCAGAGGCUACAGAGUUGGCGGUGCCAGCCCACUUGCGCCUUCUCUUGGUAGACUUGCUCUACGCAUAUCACCUCUCCCUCCUCGUCAGUACAGGACCUCCAAUAUACCCCUGGCUACUAUGCACUCUAUCGAGAUCACUAUCAGCUCCGCCUUCCCCGCCGUUCGCUACAUCCGAUACAGUAUCCUCCGUGCUACGCUCAGGCUUCAGGAGAGGCCUCACAUUCCCUCUACAUCGCAAUUGGAGGCUCUGUCAGAGAGCGGCCGCAGACGUGGUAUCACGCCUGUCGUCCGGAAGGCAAGAAGUACUGGCUGGUUUAUCGGAUAUGUCAGGCUGCCUUGUGGAAGGAGAAAAAGAGGCCACAGAAGGACCUGAUGAGGCUGCCAGAUGGGGCAUCUUGAACGAGUCGUUGGUGAGACCCCUUAUCGCCAAAGUGCAAGCAGAUAUCAAUACCUCCUACUCUACAUUGGCAGAAGAGGUGAACGCGGUAGCUAGAGGCCUCACCAAGUCCAACGUGGCACCAUCCUGGGAUCUUGAGCUGCUGGAGCAGAUGGCGGAGGAUGUGAUAGCGGAGCAAAGAGGAGAGCAAGAAAGCCGGUAGGCUCAAAGAGGAUGGGCGGAGCAUCCUGGACAUUUGUAGGUCCCUCACGCCGCCUUUAGCACUGCAAGAAGGUCGCGAUUCAUUUGCGGCUGAGCAAGACACACAGGAGGAGAGCAGAUUGAGAUAUUGGCGGGCAACAGAGGCCCCUUCGACCCUACGUA